AAAAAAACGAAACUGUAGUUUGAAGAAAAUUGUCAGUACAAUGUCCCGUGAAGUUGUGGAUUGAUGUAGAACUCUGAAUAAUAUUAUAUGAUGUAAUCGAUAUGCUUUUAAUCGAUAACCGCUGCGGCUUCUCUCGUCAUCAUUUAUCGCGAAAUACUGCUCUUUCAAAUUUACCGCUGUUUACUCCGCCAGAACAGAGAUUCGCCGGAUAGCCCACCGCUCUUGGCUGUCGCGGAAACACAAAGCAAGGUGCCAAUUGUUCUGCUUUCCAAAAGUUUGCACUGGGUUGCUACAAAGCGUUGUAAAAUGGAGGUGACGGACAUAGGAAACAAAGAAGAGGGGAACGUGUGGCAUCGGAAACCAACAGCAGGAAAGAGUGUUUUAGUGACAGUUGCUCGCACAACUCAGAGGGGCAAGACUGUGCGUUUCCUCCAUGUGACCUUUGACCCCAAAGGAGAUUCCUUUCUGGCUGGAGAUCACCACGGAAACAUCUAUGUCUUUGACAUCAGCAGAAACAGAUUUCGUCUGGUGCAGAAGACAGGACAGGCCUGCACUGCUCUGGCUUUCAGCCUCCACAGGACCACAGAGCUACUUGUGGCAUUGGCUGACUACACUAUCAAGUGCUUUGACAAGGACACAAAGCAGCUGGUCAGUUGGAUGCGAGGUCACGAGGGAGCAGUUUCAUCCAUCUCUGUCCACAGCUCAGGCCGAUAUGCCAUCACCACGUCCUCAGACACGGCACAGCUCUGGGACCUGGACACCUUCCAGAGGAAGAGGAAGCUGAACAUCAGGCAGUCUUUUUGCAUACAGAAGGUGUUUUUUCUGCCUGACAGUAACACCAUAGUCAGCUGUUUCAGUGAUGACUCCAUCUUUGCUUGGGAGAGUGACACACUGUUGUGCAAAUACCAGCUUCCUGUUCCUGACUGUGGCCCCCAAAUCUCCUACAAGGCUUUUGCUGUCACUCGUGAUGGAAAGAGACUUGUAGCAGGUGGGCGCUCCAACCUGCUGCACCUGUGGUGUCUGGACAGUAAACAGCUGGUCAGGGUAAUUCAGAUGCACACGCAGGUCCGAACAGUCAGACAGCUGGAAUUUCUACCAGACAGCCUUGACAGAGGAGCCAGCCAGACAAUAGGUGUGUUGAGCCAGGAUGGUGUAAUGCGUUUCAUCAACAUUCACACCUGCAAGCUGCUUUUCCACAUUGGUUCCCAUGAUAAUGCCAUUACCAUAGUGGCAGUCAGCCCCAACGGAAGACAUGUUGCAGCUAUCAUGGAUAAUGGCAGCAUCAAUAUCUACAAUGUCCAGAGUCUCACACAGAAAUUAAACAAGCCUCCUCCCUCCAGGGUGGCAGUAGUUUCAGAUGGUGAUGCUCACCAGGAAUUGUCAAAGGUCAGGUCAGAGGUUGUUCAAAGACCAUUCAUGAGCUCAGGUAGGACACAGGUGAAGAUACUUAGACCUCCUGCUGUGCCUACAACUGAUGAUAAAGAGAAUGAACUACCAGCUGGUCUGAAUAAGAGGAGACUGGUGGCUUUGCUCAAGGCCUUUGGAGAAUAUCCUGCUAAAUACAGGAUGUUUGUUUGGCGGUCUUUGCUGUGUCUCCCAGAGAACCAUGCAGCAUACAGCAGUCUGACUGAUAAAGGCCUGCAUUCAGCCUACCUCACCCUGCACGAUAAAUACCCCAUCAAAAGUCACAAGUUACAGAGAGGACUUCAGAGGGUUUUGUCCGCCUUAGGUCACUGGGCAGCCAUCUUUGGAGAGGUGGAGUACCUUCCCCUGGUGGCAUUCCCCUUUGUGAAGCUCUUCCAGAACAACCCAAUGCUCUGCUUCGAGGUGGUGGCAACUGUCAUCGUGAACUGGUGCCAGCACUGGUUCGAGUACUUGCCUAACCCUCCUCUGAACAUCCUGAACAUGGCGGAGAACGUACUGGCUCAUCAUGACAAGGAGCUGCUACAACACCUGGUGGACUGUGGCAUUACUUCCCAGCUUUAUGUGUGGCCCCUGCUGGAGACCCUGUUCUCAGAGGUUUUGACUCGAGAGGAGUGGCUCAGACUCUUUGACAACGUUUUCUCCAACCAUCCGUCAUUCCUGAUCAUGGCCUGUGUGGCCUACAUCACCCGCUGCCGUGAGCCACUGCUUCUCUGCUCACAGAAACAGGAUUUUUCGUAUUUUUUUCACCAUCGAAACAAUCUUGAUGUGGGAGCCAUGAUAAGGGAAGCCUACCGGCUGCUGAGUAGCACGCCUGCAGACAUCCAUCCCAGGACUCUGCUGUCUGAUUUCGCACCACUGACCAAAGGCCAGUACCCCGUAUUCAACCACUACCCAGAAUUCAUAGUGGAAUAUCAGAGCCAGGAGAGGGAGAAGAUACGAUUGCAGGAGAUGGAGUAUCUCUGUGAAAGGCAGGAGGUAUCAGCGCUUCGGACAGAUUUCGUUCGUCGUCAAGUUGAAGAGGAGGCAUAUUACACGAAUCAGGAGCUGCUACAAAAGGCGGAGGAACAGCGCAGAAACAACCUCGCACAAGAAGAGGAAAAACUAACACAGCAGAAGGCAAAGUUGGCAGCCAUGAAGAGAGAAUUGAAGGUGAAGGAGUUACAGCUGCUGGACACAUCUAGAAGACGCUUCCUCAAACACCAGCAGGACCUGAGAGCCUCACAGAUACAAAGACUAGACCAGGAGAUCAGAAGAAAGGAUUCAAACACUAGCGUCCAUGUUCUGCCUCAGAUGGAUCUCCGCGAGCAAGAAUCAGCUGCAGCAGUCAAGGAUCUGGAAAUAAGACAGAUGGAGCUAGAGGCUCAGAGGAAAAGACUUGAACAGCACCUGCUGAAGAAGCAGGGGCACAUGGGGCGGGAAGUGGAAAAUGAGGUGCAGAUAAGAAUGAGGAAGGCAGACAGAGAGGUGGAGAGCCUCGCAGAGCUGCUGCAUUGCCCUGAGACAAACAUGCAGAUCCUGGAGGAAUGCCUUACGGAGGCUCGCCAGCUGGGCCUCGAGUCAGACUGGCAGAGAGAUAUAGUGGACCGGCUGCAGCAGGUGAACGCUGAGAAGGAGAGGAAGAGGGAGAGGCUGGCAGAGCGUCAAAGGCAAACCCUGGCAGAGGAGGAGAGAGUGGCUGACACCAUGAGAGAUGUGGCAGGAAGGAAGACAGAAUUCGUUCAUUUGCAGUGGGAGGAAGUGACGAGAGCAAGAGCCCAGUUACAGGAGCAGCGAAAGGCGUGGACUUCAGCAGACGCAGAUCACCAGAGACAUACGAGGACGAGGUCACCAGGUUUUAUCAGAGGACUUCCACUUAGAACCAGCAACACCGCUGCUGUUCAUGUUGAAAUCAACGGAGCUGGUCAGGCCCUCAAACUCAACACCACCACUACUGCAAGACAGGCAGGAACUGACAUGGUGUGUCUGAACAGCAACUCACCUUCAGAGAGCACUUCUACCAACUUCUACUUGGACAGAGGCCGGGCCCAAUUGGACAGCAGUGAGAGAGAACUGCUAAAGGAAAUCAGAGACCUGAGACAGAAGCUAGUGGCCACAGUCAGAGAUGGCAGCUCUGCCGCUUCACAGUCUGUCCACACACUGUCCUCUGUCUCCCAGUGACUGCAAAAUGCUCUGCAUCUGUAUUAUGCCUGAAAAAAAUAUUCUCAUUUCAAGCGAGCUGGCAAUACAGAAACAGUGAAUCAAGCUCUGACUUUAUUAUCACACCGCCUUCUAUUUAAUGUUAUAUUACAUACAUUCAGGGUUUUCAUUUAAGCAUUGAUUUACAUGGAUAUUGACUCACACAGUUUUGUCUGUUACAUUUUUAUAUGUGCUGGUAAUCCAUUUUGGAUUUUAACAAAAUGUUUUCAUAUCAUUUGUCUUACUUAAAACCUCUUGUGGAUAUUUUAUUUUUUAUCUCUGUCUCGUUGAAAAUUUUAAGGUAAUGCAUUCAUUGCUUCUUUUGUUUUGUCCUUAAUUGUUAGUAAUCUACAGUCGAGUGUAGCCCUUAUGAUUUGUAAUGCAGCUCUUGAUAACCUGACAGUUCUGCCUUUGCUCUUAACUGUCCAUAGUGAAAAAAACUACAUUGUCAUACUAAUUAAUGACCAAGUCUCAGCAGUGGCCUCUUCCAAAUCCAUUUGAGCUGUUUCUUGACAAGUAAUGCGAGUGCUGCAGCUUUGCGCUCAUUAAAGGAGGCAGGGUCUAUUGUUACCUGCCAACUGCGAAGUCCCCUCUCAUUAAUCAUUAAUUAUUAAUUAAAUACGAUGUUGACAUAUGUAUAAAGUAAUGCAUUGUGAAAAUGUAGUGGAGAAGGGAUUGCAGAUAUUGGCUGAUACAUGUAGUUGAAUUAUAGUAAAAAAUACCUGGAAAAUAUAUAAUUAGGUAGAGAACAGACCCAUGAAAAAUGUAAAUGUCUGUUAUAUCCCAUCACUGCUGUGUGUGCUUUUUCCAGACCAAUCAAUUCAGAUGAAGUUAUGUCAUGACUGUACACUAACCCACACGCUAGGUGGCGGUAUAAAGCUUUAAACCUCCGACAACUAACAAGAAGUUGAUCACAGCAAGUGGUGGAAGGUCCAGAGGAGUUAACGGGUCUAUUCUUCAAUGUAAUUUGACGGAUGCCUCCACCAAUAGCCAUUUUCAAAGUGUAUUGUGACCGUUACUAUCCAUCACAAUCUGUGUACCUGUAUUCUACCUUGCUAGCUUCAAUAAUAUUCACCGGCUAACAGAGUGUAGACGGCGCUGUUCCUCAGUAAGUCCGUCUGUCUCUUAAACUAAACCAUCGGUAAAGUUCCUAACGUAACUGACAACCAGCAUUGUCAGGUAGUGUUAGCUUAAGUUUGGUUUGAACUAUGAGCCUGAUAAAAAAUGUCCCCAUAUAGUCACCAUCAGUCAGAAAUAUAGUUUACAUCGUGUUCCACAUUAUUAUGCAAAUUACACUUUGCUCAGUUUUUCCUAAAUAGUAAUGCACAGCCAGUCAGUAUAAUUUUCAAGUCAUCAACUGUUAGAGUAUAAUUCAAAUUUUAUUGAACAAACCUCCCAAUGAUAACAGUAUUUUUUUCAAAAAUAAAAAACUCAAAAUGCAGUGUUCCAA